CCGCACUUUGCGAGCCUCGAGCAGGACAUUCUCGCGUACUGGCGCGAGAUCGACGCGUUCGGCCGCUCCCUCGCGCUCAACCGCGACAAACCGCCGUUCACCUUCUACGAUGGACCGCCAUUCGCGACGGGCCUGCCGCACUACGGCCACAUUCUCGCGGGCAUCAUCAAGGACGUCGUCACGCGCUUCGCGCACCAGACCGGCCACUGCGUCCCGCGCCGCUUCGGCUGGGACUGUCACGGGCUGCCGGUCGAGUACGAGAUCGACAAGAAGCUCGGCGUAAAAGACCGCUUCGACACGAUCAACCGCAUCGGCAUCGCCGCGUACAACGAAGAGUGCCGCGCGAUCGUUACGCGCUACGUGGCUGAGUGGCGCAACACCGUCGAGCGCGUCGGCCGCUGGAUCGACUUCGACAACGCUUACAAGACCAUGGACCUCGGCUUCAUGGAGUCCGUAUGGUGGGUGUUCGGGCAGCUGUUCGACAAGCAGCUCGUGUACAAAGACUACAAGAUCAUGCCUUACUCGCCCGUCUGCUGCACGCCGCUGAGCAACUUCGAAGCGUCGCAGAACUACAAAGACAUCAGCGACACGACCGUCACGGUCGCCUUCCCGCUGCGCGAAAGCACCGCGCCGAGCUGCGCGUUUCUCGCCUGGACCACCACGCCCUGGACGUUGCCGAGUAACGCGGUGCUCUGCGUCAGCCCCACACUGCCGUACUGCCUCGUCGAGUUGCGUCUGCAACCGGACUGCGUGCGGCGCUUCUGGCUGCUCGAGGCGCGCCUCGCGAGUCUGCUCGCCGCGCUGAAGCUCGGCUCUGACGCGGACGCGCUGCUGCGCGCGGCCGGCCGCGCCGACGAGCGCGGACACCGCGUCGUGCUGCGCGGCGUCGCGGGCGCGAGCUUCGUCGGGCUGCGCUACCAGCCGCUGUUCGACGUCUACAGCGCGGAUCCGCAAUGGCGCGACCGCGUGGGCCGCGUCGUCGCCGACGACUACGUGACCGACAGCGUCGGCACCGGCGUCGUGCACUGCGCGCCCGCAUUCGGCGAAGACGAUUACCGCAUUUGUCUGCGCGAAGGCGUGGUCCGCUCCGGCGAGCCGGUGCCCUGCCACGUCGACGAGGCCGGCCGCUUCCUCGCGCUGUUCGGCAACGAGCUCGACGGCGUCUACUUCCGCGACGCGUACAAGCUGCUCAAGCCGCUGCUCAAGGCGCAGAACGCACUGAUCCUCGCGGAAACCUACGUGCACUCCUACCCGCACUGCUGGCGCUCCGACGCGCCGCUGCUCUACUACCCGGUGAGCUCCUGGUUCGUCAAGGUGACCGCCGUGAAGGAGCUGCUGCUGCAGUCGAACGCGCAGACGCGCUGGGUGCCCGCCGCGAUCCAAGAGAAGCGCUUCCGCAACUGGCUCGCCGACGCAAAGGACUGGUGCAUCAGCCGCAACCGCUUCUGGGGCACGCCGAUCCCGAUCUGGGUCAGCGAGGACCAAACCGUCACGAAAGUCGUGAGCUCCGUCGCCGAACUGCAGCAGCACUGCGAGCGGCCGAUCACGGACAUCCACCGCCACUUCAUCGACGACAUCACGCUGCCCGACCCGCGCGGCGCCGCGUUCCCGCCGCUGCGCCGCGUCGAAGCCGUCUUCGACUGCUGGUUCGAAAGCGGCGCGAUGCCGUACGCACAGAGCCACUACCCGUUCGAGAACGCCGCGCAGUUCGAGACGCAGUUCCCCGCGGACUUCAUCGCGGAGGGCUUGGACCAGACGCGCGGCUGGUUCUACACGCUCACCGUGCUCGGCUGCAUUCUGUUCGGAAAAGCGCCGUUCAAAAACGUGAUCGUGAACGGACUCGUGCUCGCGGCGGACGGCAAAAAGAUGAGCAAGCGCUUGCGCAACUACACGCCGCCCGAACAGCUGAUCGACAGUGUCGGCGCGGACGCCGUGCGGCUCUUCCUGAUCAACAGCCCCGCGCUCAAAGCGGAGCCCAUUUGCUUCGCCGACGACGCCGUGCGCUCCGUCAUCAAGGACGUGCUGCUGCCGUGGUACCACACGCUGCGCUUUUUCUUCCAGGAAAAAACGCGCUUCGAGCGGAAAACCGGCGCGGACUGGCAGCCUACGCCGCUCGCAGAGCUCCGCGCGCAGUGCAAGGAGCUCGACCGCUGGAUCCUAUCGAAGGCGCAGUCGCUGAUCCGCUACUACCGAGCCGAGAUGGCCGCGUACCGCUUGUACAACGCGUGCAAAGAGCUCAACGAGUUUUUGAAGCACCUGACCAACUGGUACGUGCGACUGAACCGCGACAACAUGCGCGGGCAGGCGUCGCACGCCGACUGCGUGGUCACGCUGAACGUGGUCUACUCCGUGCUGCAUACGCUCGCACUCUUGAUGGCGCCCGUGACGCCAUUCAUGAGCGAGUUCGUGUUCCAGCGGCUGCGCACCAUUCGCGGCGCAGCGCUCGCCGAGUGCGCCUCGGUGCACUUCGCGGAGCUGCCGCAGUUCGACGCCGCGUUCGUCGACCUCGCGGUCGAGCAAGACGUGCUCACCUUCCAGCACGUCGUCGAAGCGUGCCGGCUGCAGCGCGACCGCAACAAGCUGCCCAUUAAGCGCAUGGCGCGGAAACUGACCGUGAGUCUGCAUCGCUAA